AUCAGAUUUCAGUGACAGAAUAAGGAGUGAAGGCACACUGAAGACAGCUGAGUGAUUGACAAGGCUUUGAGCACUUAACAGUGGACGAUGAGGACGCUACUGUUGCUGUAUCUGUGUGCGUACACGGCCUGGGCUCAGGAUAAUCUGGAAUAUGAUGACUAUGACACGGAUGGCAAGAGCACACAAGCAAAGAAUAACACAGCGACUGUAGAUGCUCGUGGUCACCGUCCGCUAUCAAGAGGGAGGGAUACCUACAGUUCCAGCCGCUAUACCCCGCCACCAAUCGGUGGUAGUGGCAGGUAUCGCGGCCGCCCCACCCCGGCUCCAGUUGGACGACCACAGGCACAGGAGAAGGAGGAGCAGCCGGAGUCCGGAGGAUGCACACACGCCUCAGAGGAGAUGGGUGUUUUGUGCCCCAAUGGCUGCGAGCUGAAGACGGCACUGCUGAAGCAAGAGAGGAACGUCAAGGCGAGCAUUAGGGAACUCAAGCCUCAUGUGGAUGAGUUGUCCCGAUCCUCCAACGUCGUUUACAACUACGUCAACAGCAUUUCCAACUCCCUGAGGGAGAGGCAGAGAGUUGUCAAUGACAACAGCAGAGUGGUCAGUCAGUACACCGAUCAAGUGGAGGAACAACAUGCCUACAUCAAGGAGACGGUGGACACUGUCUUCCCCUCCAACAUCAGAGUGCUGCAGGGGGUCCUGGACAAGAUCAGGUUGAAGAUCCAAAGGCUGGAGAAGGCCAUCCAGGCCCAGAGGCAGGAGUGCAGGGAACCAUGCAAGACUAAAUGUCCCAUACCAGUGGUGUCUGGUAAGGAGUGUGAGGACAUCUUCCGUCGUGGAGGAAAAGACUCCCAGAUGUACAUGAUCCAGCCCGACACCUUUUACCCUCCAUACAGAGUCUUCUGUGAUCAGUCCACCCAGAACGGAGGAUGGCUCCUCAUCCAGAGCAGGCUUGAUGGCAGUGUCGACUUUGGCCGACGUUGGGAUGAAUAUCGACGCGGUUUUGGCAACAUCGCCUUUGAUUCUGGCAAGGGUCACUGUGAGACUCCCGGUGAAUACUGGCUGGGUAAUGACCGCAUUAGUCAGUUGACCAAGAUGGGCCCCACUGAGGUUCUCAUUGAGAUGCAAGACUGGACAGGAGCCAAGGUCCAAGCCCAGUAUCAACAGUUCACCAUCCAGUCAGAGACGUCCAACUAUGUGAUGGCGGUUGACGGUUACUCCGGUACUGCUGGCAACGGUUUCCUGCAAGGAUCAUUGGAACUCUUUGGUGAAAACCGCACCAUGACCAUUCACAACGGCAUGAUGUUCAGCACCUAUGACAGAGACAACGACAACUGGACCCCCGGUGAUCCCUCCAAACAGUGCGCCAAGGAGGACGGAGGCGGCUGGUGGUACAACCGCUGCCAUUCAGCCAAUCCCAAUGGCCGAUACUACAUAGGCGGAGCCUAUACAAAGCAAAUGGCCAAGCAUGGCACAGACGACGGUGUGGUGUGGAUGAACUGGAAGGGGAGCUGGUAUUCACUCAAGGCCAUCAGCAUGAAGAUCAGGCCUUUCUUUGCCUCCAAAUAAUCAUGUCGGAGAGCAACAAUGCACACAUAAAGGAGAGCAUCAGAAUAAAAGACACCACCAAAGUAUAAUGUUCCAACAAGUGUUUCCUUUAUUUUAGCUCUAACCUUUACGUUGAUGGACACAUUUACACACAAUUAAGUCUGGGCAUGUGCUGUGAAAUUGAACUAAAGGAAAACUUAAAAAUGUUAAGAAAGUAAAAUAAAACAUGGUUUGAUGUCAGGUAAAUGUCAUGUCUACAGAUAAAGAGAAACAUCUUAUUGGUUGUGAGUGAAUGAAUGUGUGACGUCUUCAGUGUGCAUUAAUAGGACGAGUUGAUGUUAACUGUCCUCCGCUACUCAAUAAAUGUAUUGAGCAACAUA